CAUCCUCAGUUUGGAUUUCUUGUUUCAGAUCAAAAAACUGGAAAUUCAGGAGAAGGAGAAUUCUUAGGCGUGCCUGGUGAGCUGCGUGGAUUUGAAGCGGCGUGGAAAAAAUAUGGCCGGCUACCCUGGAAAGACUUGUUUCAACCUGCUAUUGAGAUCGCUACGAAAGGAUUCCCAGCCACUCCCGCGUUAGAAUUGGCAGUUUCACUUAAUCAGCGAAUUAUUAAUAACGACCCUGGAUUAAGCGAAUUGCUCAAGCCGAACGGCCGGUUUAUCAAAAAGGGCGACCCAAUCAAACGGACAAAAUAUGGAAAAACUCUUCAAAAGAUUGCUGAGGCUGGUGCAGAUGAGUUUUAUUGCGGAAAAAUGGCAAAGCAGGUUAUCAAAGACUUCAAAUCGAUUCAUUCGAAGAUUACCCUGCAAGACUUGAAAGAUUACAAAGCCGUUGAAGUGAUACCACUGGAAGCCUCCCUCCCUGGGGUAAAAGGAUACAAAAUUCUGACCACCCCACCCCCUGCAGGAGGUGCAGCCUUGAUAAACAUCUUAAACAUUCUAAAUGGGUUUAAUUUCAGUGCAGAUGACAUGAGUGAGCGACCUAUUCUAACGUAUCACCGCAUGAUUGAAGCUUUCAACUUUGUAGCUGCUAAAGAGACGUACCUCGCGGAUCCCAGGUUCAGUGAUAAGACUGAUGAGGUUGUCAAGGACAUGUUAGAUCCUCACAAAGGCGAGGAGCUGCGCAAGUUAAUAGAUGACAAAACUCACCCAUGUGACUACUAUGGUCCAAUAAAUUAUCAUAUUGAUGUUACAGAUGGUACAAUCCACUUGUCUGUCCUUGACAAAGACGGCAAUGCUGCUGCCAUAACAACAUCAAUAAACAAAUAUUUUGGUGCCAAAUUCCGCAGCAAAGAGCUUGGAAUAGUCUACAACGAUCAACUCUUAGAUGCCGUUAACAUGUGGGUCACUGAAUAUCAUUUGGAGCCCGAUUCCUUCAUUCCGCGCAAGCGGCCCUUGUCAAUGGCUUCACCUUCCAUCAUCCUGGAUGAAGCUGGGAAUGUCAAAAUGGUUUUCGGAGCCGCUGGAGGAAAAUACAUUGCAACUACUUUGGCACAGGUAAAUAAAUAUCAUCGGACAAAAUAUGGAAAAACUCUUCAAAAGAUUGCUGAGGCUGGUGCAGAUGAGUUUUAUGGCGGAAAAAUGGCAAAGCAGGUUAUCAAAGACUUCAAAUCGAUUCAUUCGAAGAUUACCCUGCAAGACUUGAAAGAUUACAAAGCCGUUGAAGUGAUACCACUGGAAGCCUCCCUCCCUGGGGUAAAAGGAUACAAAAUUCUGACCACCCCACCCCCUGCAGGAGGUGCAGCCUUGAUAAACAUCUUAAACAUUCUAAAUGGGUUUAAUUUCAGUGCAGAUGACAUGAGGGAGCGACCUAUUCUAACGUAUCACCGCAUGAUUGAAGCGUUCAACUUUGUAGCUGCUAAAGAGACGUACCUCGCGGAUCCCAGGUUCAGUGAUAAGACUGAUGAGGUUGUCAAGGACAUGUUAGAUCCUCACAAAGGCGAGGAGCUGCGCAAGUUAAUAGAUGACAAAACUCACCCAUGUGACUACUAUGGUCCAAUAAAUUAUCAUAUUGAUGUUACAGAUGGUACAAUCCACUUGUCUGUCCUUGACAAAGACGGCAAUGCUGCUGCCAUAACAACAUCAAUAAACAAAUAGUAAGUGGUAGCAUUUUUACCUUUUACCCUCUCCCUUUCCAGAAAGACCUAAGAAUCAGAUUCGACAAUAUGAUUUUGAUAUUUGCCAUGAAUGAAUUCACAGAUUUAAAAGUUAAAACCGCUUUAUGAACUAGACAGUACUGCUCGAUAGCUUUCAUUUGAAUCGUUACACACUAGGGUUUCAUUCACAGAAUUAAAAGUUACAGCCAACCUACAUAGCAUAAUAAAAAGUGCCACACGAAAGCACUGCCCAAUAGCUUUCGUUUGAAUGGUCAGUUUACAUACUAGGAUUUAUCUACACACUGGAUCCAACUUGCAGGGCAUACUAAACAGCCCUGCGUAAAGAUAGUGCUCGAUAGCUGUCAUAGCUUUCAUUUGAAUGGUCAUACACUAGAAUUAAAAGUUACGAAGGACAAAUUGACUUUCCCUCUUGAGUUGAAUAGUCAAAACUGUGGCUCCGUCCGCAGAUAAAAGCAAGAACGUAACGACCUUUCACUUGUGCUUUGACAUCGUAUUUCUUGUUACAGAUAAAAGACAGACUUUUACAAUUGAUUUGAAGAAAAAUAUUGCUGU